UGUAAUGAUAUAAAAUAUCAUAUGACACUUUUUGUAAUAAAAUAAUAUCUGUAAUAAAACCUACGUAGGCCACACUAAGUAAAGAACAUAAUUAGCAUUUCAUUUAAAAUGUCAUGGCGUCAAAACUUAUAGCAGUGUUCAUCAGUUCAGAAUUUAUUUCUGGUGUAAAACAGCUAAAAGUUUUAAAAGGUUACUUAAAGUGGACAAGUUUAAUUACUUUUCUCACCAAAAAGCUGGAAAGGUAAUGUUUAUCUGUAUAAACAUACAUCUCUCUCUCUCUCUCUCUCUCUCUCUCUCUCUCUCUCUCUCUAUCUAUCUAUCUAUAAAGCUAUUAAACAAAUAAAUAAAAAAAUACAGCCAUUAUUAACUAUUUCAUCAUCAAUAUUUAAUCAUUUUAAUGUAGGAUUAAUUCUACUUGGGAAAUUCACCCUGGGAGGUGGGUUUUUUUUUUUUAACAGGAAAAUAAACGGUUCUUUACACCAGACCUGUGCAUUUUGGACAUGCGCAGGAUUUAAAGCUGUUUUUAAAGCAUUUCACAGAGACUGAUCCUGUACUGCAGGUUUCUGUCAGGUUCACUGCAUCCUGUAUGUAUCCGUGGUUACAAAAUUAGAAUUGGAACCUUGGAAUCAUGAGCUGUUAUUAUUCUGAAAUGUGGAAUCAGAUCAUUCCGAGUUGAAAAGCUGAUCUGCAUCAACACAAUCCACAUUCAGAUGAAUGUUGUACAUUCAGUAGCUCUGACCUGCACAGAACAUGAGUAAACAGGAAGAAGAGAAGGGAAUGGAGAGGAAGGUAGACGGGAUGUCCUGCAACAUCAUCAAUGAGCUGCGGUUAGAGAAGCAGCUCUGUGACGCAGUCAUCGUGGUGGACGGCGCCGAAUUCCACGUGCACAAGAUCAUCCUGUGCGGCUGCAGCCCAUACUUCAUGGCUCUCUUCACCAACGGCGGGUACCCUCCUGAUAAGCUCAGGUACAGCAUCCCUAACGUUUCCGCCGAGAUAAUGGAGCUGAUCGUGGAGUACGCGUAUAUAAGACGUGUUAACAUCACGGAGAAAAACGUGUGUAAGCUGCUGAUCGCUGCUGAUUAUCUGUUGGUGAACAGCCUGCUGAACGACUGCUGCACGUUCCUGAAGGCUCAGCUGUGUCCCGAGAACUGCGUUAACAUCUGUCGUUUAGCUCACUCCUACUUCUGCGAGAAGUUGAAGCAGCAGGCCUUCCAGUUUAUCUUGCACAACUUUGAGGAGAUGGUGCGCCUCUCUGAGGAGUUCCUGGACCUGACGGUCGAGCAGCUGAGCGAGAUCAUCGAGAAGGACGAACUGAACGUGAAACAGGAGAGCGUGGUGUUUGAAGCCAUCUUACAGUGGAUCAAACAUGCGCCAUGGAAACGGAAAGCGCACAUAGGAGUGUUACUGCCCAAGGUGCGUCUGGGGCUAUUGACACACGAUUACCUUAUGAACAAUGUGAGCAACAACGUUUUAGUGAUGGACGACAUGACAUGUAAGCCGAUCGUCACCAGAGUUCUGAUGGGCAUCGAUGACCUCAAUCCGAGCCUUCCUCUCAGCUCUGAUCUCCAGAGACUCCGCCUGCCCAGCGCCGUUCUGCUGGCCAUCGGUGGCUAUGGCCACAAGAAUCUCAAUACCAUAGAAGCGUAUGAUACGCGAGCAGCGCGCUGGGUCAACGUCACAUGCAACGACGAGAGUCCACGAGCCUAUCACGGGACGGUGUAUCUGAACGGCUUCGUGUACUGCAUCGGAGGAUUCGACAGUGUGGAUUUCCUCAACAGUGUGAGAAGGUUUGACCCCAUCACCAGAACCUGGGCUCAGGUGACCCCCAUGCACUCUUGCCGGUGUGACGUGAGCGUGUGUGUGCUGGACAGUCGUAUCUAUGCGAUGGGAGGAUUUGAUGGCUUCGAACAUCUGAAUACAGUAGAGCGAUAUGAACCUGAGAAUGAUCGGUGGUGCAUGAUCGCGCCGAUGCACGAACCAAGGGGUGACUCUAGCGCUACAGUAUUGAAUGGCAAAGUGUACAUAUGCGGAGGGUUUGACGGGAACAGGUGUUUGUUCACGGGGGAGUAUUACAGUCCUCAGACGGGAGAGUGGACCCUCAUCACCCCCAUGAUGAUCAGAAGGCGUGGACUGGGCGUGGUUGCAUACGGAGGAUGGGUUUAUGCUGUCGGGGGAAAUGAUGGUGUUAAUCAAAUAAGCAAUGUAGAGGUGUAUAAUCCUCAGACCAACGUGUGGACACAAGGUCCAGCCAUGAACAACAAGCGCAGCAACUUCGGCAUUGAGGUGCUGGACGAUCUCCUGUUCGUUGCUGGUGGAGAGAACGGCACUACCACCAUGGAUGAAGCGGAGUGUUAUGAUAAGCAGACUUCUGAAUGGCAUGCAAUCGAAAACAUGGGGAUUUCUCGCCGUGGUCUGAGCUGCUGUGUGCUGUCUGGUUUACCCAACAUGGCAGAGUACGCUGCUCCCCGAGACGAUCCCUACAGAGUCCCUCAGAGCUCACAGAGCACCAGAGGCUACCUCACACCUCCUGCCAAUGUCUGAGACGUACAAAUAAACCUCUCCCUUCAUCGGAAUCCUUUUGUUCUCAAGAAUCAAAUUAACCACUCUGAAGCAGUCAAACUACUGAAUUUGCCUUUUGUUUCCCCUCUUAUGCUGCAAGCCGUUGUACUGAAACUCGUAAAACCACAACGUCCCUCAUGGAGACGUGCGAUAGAACAGUCCUGAGAGCUCUCACACACACACGUACACAUACCUGAGAUCACAAUGACAUGGCGGCGCUCAUGUGGUCAACUCUAAACAGAAUUCCCUUCACGUUAUUUUCUAUGUGAUGAAACCGGACUUUGUUGACUUGUAGCUUUUAUGUCAUAAGUUUAGGUUCGUGACGUAAUUCCGCUGAUUUUAGCCCAAAUUCACUAAUGUGAUAAAAUAACUGUAACGGAUCAUUUUUACAAGCAAAGAUGAAGACAGGGGACGACGAUUAUGCAUCAUUUCUCUCUGUGCAUCACAGGACUAAUUCAUGUAGGUCUUAUUAAUAUGUUUAUCAAACUCAAAUAUGACCUUGCUCAGAGUAUCCACCAUUAUUUCUGAGCCGGAACGCCUUUAGAUCGGAACGCCGGAAAACUGGUUCUGUACUUUCAGAGCUCGAGUACAAUGGAGUGCAGCAUUAAUACCAGCAGAUCCACAGCAAGAGACUCUCGGAUAAUACUAUAAACACACCAGGUUCAAAUACACUACAAUCAAACAAGAAAAAAAAACAUGGAUUAGGAAAAAAGGACAUAAAAUAAUGACAAAGAGUAAAGGAAAAGGAGAGACAGAAUGUGUGUGUGUGAGAGAGGAUGAGAGAGAGAGAAUGAUAGAGAGAGAAUAUGUGUGUCUGUGAGUGAGAGAUAGAGAGAGAUGAUGAGAGAGAAUGAUACAGAGAGAGAGAGGAUGAGAGAGAGAAUGAGAGAGAUAUGAAUGAAAAUUAAAUAGAAAGAAUGAAAAGCAGAAAUCAAGAGGGAAAACAAAAAGUGAAAGACAAACACAUUACAUGAGCGACUGACAGAUAAAGUUUGAAACAAACAAGUGAGAAGAAAAGAAAUGUAAAAAAUAAUGGAGAGAAAGAACGAGCAAAAAAGGAACAAUAAAAAUGAUAAAUAUGAAAGAGAAAGAAAUCAUGGUAGGGGAAUAAAAAGGUAGGACACAAUUGCUAAAAAGCAGGAGAAAUCGUGGAAAAGAAGAGGAAGAGAGACAGAUAAAGAAAAAAGGAAAGAGAGGAAGGAGAAAAGAGUGAGAGAGGGAUGAAAGAAAUGAAGACAGAUUAACGUUUCACCUUGAAGAAGUCUGUUUUGUCAGCAAUGUGCUUUAACAUCCCCUGUGUGAGCGGCGGCCUGAUCACCACGGCAACACGACCCUGGCUCGGGCUCAUCGGCUGGGCGGAGUCGGCCCCGCCCACCCGUUCUGCUGUCACCAUGGCGACGGACUGUGUCAGACCCACCAGGUCCAUGAGGAGGGAGACGGUGACGGCGCGGAUGCUGAAGUCCAGCUCAGAGAAACAGAUGUUCAUCAGAGACUCGAGCCACCGAGGAGGCGGAGUCACACCGCCGCUGUCUGACAUCACCAUCACCACACACACACGUCAUUAAUAAUCAUAUUAAUAUUAACUAUUAUUAUUGUUGAUGUUGAUAUUAAUUUAUAAGUAAUCAUACACCGUAAUUAGUAAUAAUAAACAGCAAAUAAUAAAUAAAUCAGUAAUAUUGCAUAAAAAAGUAAAUCCAGAAUAAUCAUCAGAAAACUUUCAAAUAAGCAAUAACAUGCAAAUGUGAGAGUAUGUUCUGUUUAAUAUGCGCUGGUUAAAUAAAAUCAUUUUGGCAGCCGUGAACGCAGACACACACUCCUUCUGUUCAAAUACACAUAGCCUCUCUGUUAACUCCGCCUCCCCCUGGUUAGCCCCGCCCCCCGCUGUGUGAUGUAGAGCUCCACCAGUCUGCACAGAAAGUGCUGGAAGUGCCCGAGGCAGUGCUGCAUCACAGGAGCACCAGAGAACCAGGCUGGAGUUUAGGAUCGGACUGGAGACGGGCAUGGUCAUCAGACUCCGCCUCCUCGUACUGAACAAAAUCUGUAAAGCUGCUCUCUGGAGAACGAACUGCGGAGAGACUUUCCCUGUCCUCAAACACGUCCUCGCUGACCGGGACAUCCAGACAUGACCGGGCUGGGGGGGAGAGAGAGAGACGAGAGAGAGAGAGAGAGAGAGAGAGAGAGAGAGAGAGAGAGAGGGUAAAAAAUUAUUUAAAAAGUAUACAAGAUCAUAGUAAGAAAUGAAAGAAAGUAUUAGAAACUAGUGUACAAAACAAACAAUCUGAUCAGUGUCACUGUUUAUAAUUCAUACUGUUUACUGCUUUUCUUUCUUUCUUAUUCUUGUCUUUUUGUGUGACUUACAGUGUGAGUGAAAUUUCCAGCGUCUCGUUAGUGCGUGAUGACUUCACUCAGACUGUGUAUGUGUGAUGUGUGUGAGUGUGUGAUGUGUGUGUGUGGUGCACUGACCUGGAGUGUGUCCUGCUCUUGGGCUGGGCCACUGGACAGGAGGACGAGGGGGGAGAUAUGCAGAGGUUGGACUUUGGAGCAGAGGCACAGACAGUGUUGCAGUCCGAGCUGCAGCGUAACGGCCGACACCAUCCUCAACAACUGGGGCAAGUGUUCUGUCUGGAGCUCUAUAUACACACAUCUCCUACACACACUUACAGACAGACAGACAGACAGAGAGAGAGAAUGAGAGAGAGAAAAUGUAAGACAGUUGAUCUGCUGAAAGUCAUGAAACUGUUACACAGUCAGUGUGUAAAAUAUAAAGUCUUGAUACUGUGUAUUUGGUGUACGAUAGUGUACGAUGGUGUUUUUGGUGUAGGAUGGUGUAGGAUGGUGUUUUUGGUGUACGAUGGUGUUUUUGGUGUAGGAUGGUGUAGGAUGGUGUUUUUGGUGUACAAUGGUGUUUUUGGUGUACGAUGGUGUUUUUGGUGUAGGAUGGUGUAGGAUGGUGUUUUUGGUGUACAAUGGUGUUUUUGGUGUACGAUGGUGUUUUUGGUGUAGGAUGGUGUUUUUGGUGUACGAUGGUGUUUUUGGUGUAGGAUGGUGUAGGAUGGUGUUUUUGGUGUACGAUGGUGUUUUUGGUGUAGGAUGGUGUAGGAUGGUGUUUUUGAUGUAGGAUGGUGUACGAUGGUGUUUUUGGUGUAGGAUGGUGUAGGAUGGUGUUUUUGAUGUAGGAUGGUGUACGAUGGUGUUUUUGGUGUAGGAUGGUGUUUUUGGUGUAGGAUGGUGUAGGAUGGUGUUUUUGGUGUAGGACGGUGUUUUUGGUGUAGGACGGUGUAGGAUGGUGUUUUUGGUGUAGGAUGGUGUAGGAUGGUGUUUUUGAUGUAGGAUGGUGUACGAUGGUGUUUUUGGUGUAGGAUGGUGUAGGAUGGUGUUUUUGAUGUAGGAUGGUGUACGAUGGUGUUUUUGGUGUAGGAUGGUGUUUUUGGUGUAGGAUAGUGUACGAUGGUGUUUUUGGUGUAGGAUGGUGUUUUUGGUGUAGGAUGGUGUAGGAUGGUGUUUUUGGUGUAGGAUGGUGUAGGAUGGUGUUUUUGGUGUACGAUGGUGUUUUUGGUGUAGGAUGGUGUAGGAUGGUGUUUUUGAUGUAGGAUGGUGUACGAUGGUGUUUUUGGUGUAGGAUGGUGUAGGAUGGUGUUUUUGAUGUAGGAUGGUGUACGAUGGUGUUUUUGGUGUAGGAUGGUGUUUUUGGUGUAGGAUAGUGUACGAUGGUGUUUUUGGUGUAGGAUGGUGUUUUUGGUGUAGGAUGGUGUAGGAUGGUGUUUUUGGUGUAGGACGGUGUUUUUGGUGUAGGAUGGUGUAGGAUGGUGUUUUUGGUGUACGAUGGUGUUUUUGGUGUAGGAUGGUGUAGGAUGGUGUUUUUGGCUGACAUGUAAAGAGAAACUGUGUGACAAUAAGCCUAGUGAAGUUGACUCAGCCCUCAGGGGUUUAAUAAGAUCACCACUAAGAACUGAAUACUUACUUCAAGUUGGUUAAUGACCUUGAAACAUUUAAACAGAAAUGGGGUGUAAAUCAAUGUAUUUGUGAUGUUGAUUAUAACGGAAAUAGUUACAUAUUUAUUUGAGGUUUUUUUUAGUGAUAAUGUGAUGUGCUGAAACAUGAUGCUUAAUUGAUUCGUCUAUGAGGGGGAAAAAAAUGUAAUCUUUGGUAUUAAAGGAUAUUUUAAAGUCCAGUCCAUCCAAGGGUUUUCUCUCUCUCUCCCUCUGUCUCACCUAGGAUUCUCUCUCUCUUUCUCUCUCUGUCUCACCUAGGAUUCUAUCUCUCUCUCUCUCUCUCCAAAGUUUUUCUCUCCCUCAUCUAGGGUUCUCUCUCUCUCUCUCUCUUUCUCUCUCUCUCUCUCUCUCACUCUCCGUCUCACCUAGGAUUCUAUCUCUCUCUCUCUCUCCAAAGGUUUUCUCUCCCUCACCUAGGGUUCUCUCUCUCUCUCUCUCUCUCUCUCUCUGUCUCUCUCUCUCUGUGUGUGUGUGUGUGUGUCUCUGUCUCACCUAGUAUUCUCUCUCUCUCUCCAAGGGUUCUCUCACUCUCUCUCCUUCGUGUGCCCCCUCACACUCUUGCCCUCUCUGGAUUUCUGUAAAGCUGCUUUCUAGCAAUGUCUGUUGUUAGAAGUGAUUUAUAGAAAUGAAACUGAUGUGAAUUAAUGUUUUAUUAUUAUCAUGAAAUAGAAUGUUAUUGAUAUUCUACUGACUGUUGUAAUCUCAGAGAUGCAUGAUGCCAAAUCUGAGACAUUUAUAAAGCAAGUUUUUUGUGAAAUGAAAACAUGUUGGUGCUCAUAAAAUAUCCUGUUUCUUAAAAAGUAGUGUGAUUAAUUGCUUUUAAAUGAGCUAUCAUGUUCAGGUAGUUAACCAUCUCCUCCACCUAAUCAGACCGAUCUUUUAACACCAAAUGCUUCAUGAGGGGCCAAAAGUGCUCGCUCUGCAUCAAGCUCUGGUAUAUUAUAAUAAUAUAUAACAAUAAUAAUAUAUAUUAAUAUUAUACUUGCUCAGUUAUUUAUUGAGAAAAAUGAUCCAGUAUUACAUAUCUGUGAGGGGUAAAAGCAUGUGAACUGUUGCUUUCAGUAAGCGGUCUGAGCUCCUUGUGCAGUAAUAACUGCAGAUAAACGUUUGGGGUAACUGUUGAUCAGUCCUGCACAUCGACUUGGAGGAUUUUUAUCCCGUUCCUCAGUCCAGAACAGCUUCAACUCUAGGAUGUUGGUGGGUUUCCUCACAUGAACUGCUUGCUUCAGGUUCUUCCACAACAUUUCUACUGUAUUAAGAAAUCGCCGUCCUGGUCCAGAUGCAGCAAAACAGGCCCAAACCAUGAUACUACCACCAGCAUGUUUCACAGAUGGGAUGGGGUUCUUGUGCUGGAAUUCAGUGUUUUCCUUUCUCCAAUCAUAACGCUUCUUAUUUAAACCAAAAAUUCUAUUUUUGUCUCAUCCAUCCACAAAACAUUUUUCCAACAUCCUUCUGUUUUGUCCACAUGAUCUUUAGCAGACUGCGGAAGGUCAGCACUGUUCUUUUUGAGACCAGUGGCUUUCUCCUUGCAACCCUGCCAUGUACACCAUUGUUGUUCAGUGUUCUCCUGAUGGUAGACUCAUGAAUAUUAGCCAAUGUGAGAGGGCCUUUAGCUGCUUAGAAAUUACCCUGGGUUCCUUUGUGACCUCGCAGUCUAUUACAUAUCUUCAUUUUGGGGAGAUCUUUAUUGGACCCUACUGCAGGGUAGGGUAACAAUGGUCAUGAAUUUCCUCCGUUUGUACACAAACUAACUGUCUGUGUAUUGGUGGAGUCCAAACUCUUUAGAGAUGGUUUUGUAACCUUUUCCAGACUGAUCAACAUUAACAACCCUUUUUCUGAGAUCCUCAGAAAUCUCCUUUGUUCAUGCCAUGACACACUUCCACAAACAUGUUGUGAAGAUCAGACUCUUACAGAUCCCUGUUCUUCGUCAUCCCAUUGAUUGAAGGCACCUGACUCUAAUUUCACUUUAAGAUUAACUGCUAAUCCUAGAUGUUCACAUACUUUUGCCACUAUCAGAUAUGUAAUAUUGGAUCAUUUUCCUUAAUAAAUAAAUGACCAAGUACAAUCUUUUUGUCUCAUUUGUUUAACUGGGUUCUCUUUAUCUACUUUAGGACUUGUGUGAAAAUCUGAUGAUGUUUUAGGUCAUAUUUCUGCAGAUAUAAAUAAAAGUCUGUUUGCUGUA